AUGGAGGGGACGAUGCUGACGGAAGGGCAGGAGAAGCCACAGAAGCGAGUGAGGUUCCGCGUGGCUUCGGGGAACAGCGGCCGGGUGCUGAAGGAGAUGUUCAAGGAUGAGGGGCCUUCAGACUCCCUGGAUUCUGACUGCACCAGCAGCUCUGACGCCGAACGGGCCAGUACACCCUCUACAAGUGGAGACGCGCACGGGCACCCGUACGGCUACCUGGGCUCGGAGCUGGAUGACAGUGAGAGCGAGCCGGAUGAUCUGCUCAUGUACGCUGGGGCCACCAAGGACUGGAUGUUCACCACCAAGCGGGUCAACAUACUCAGUAAAAAUGGGACUGUGAGGGGGGUCAAGCACAAAGUCAGCGCAGGUCAGACGCUGUUUGAAAACCUUCCCAGCUCCAACAGUAUGGAGUUAUCGCUUGAGUUUGGGCGGAUUGUGAUCUACACGACGAGUUUCCGUGUGGUGAGGACCACCUUUGAGCGCUGCGAGCUGGUCAGAAAGAUUUUCCAGAACCACAGGGUGAAGUUUGUGGAGAAGAACAUCGCCCUGGACAGCGAGUACGGGAGGGAGUUGGAUGAUCGGUGCAAGCGUGUGGGCGAACCUCCUUCAUUACCAGUCGUGUUCAUUGAUGGACACUACCUUGGGGGUGCUGAGAAAAUACUCUGCAUGAAUGAAUCAGGAGAGCUUCAAGAUCUUCUGACAAAAAUUGAGAGGGUACAGCAUCCCCAGACGUGCCAGACCUGUGGGGGCUUUGCCUUCAUCCCGUGCCCAAUGUGCCAUGGCAGCAAGAUGUCCGUAUAUCGCAACUGCUUUACGGAUUCCUUCAAAGCCCUAAAGUGCACUUCUUGCAACGAGAAUGGUCUGCAGCCCUGCGUGAGCUGCAGCCAGUGA